UGAUGAGAGCUGUGGUUUGAAACUGGCAGCGGAACGGCCCCUGCUGCGACACUACACUACGCUAACGCAACCUGACAACCGAGGCCGAAGACCUGUUCACUGCCAAAUACGCUACCAGGCAGGGCCCUCCAUCCAGAAUCUGGAGAGAUCUGGUGUAACACGUGCGCUGAGAGCGGGAGGUUUGAUUUGACGGCUCUGAGCUGCUGGGUGCCCGCAUCUCUGACCGUCGCGAGUUGAAGUGUUGAGGCGGCGUUGUGAUCAGCUCGGCCCGAGGCGUGUGGGUGUGGUGCUCUCUGGAGCCGAGAGGCAGGAGAUUGCGCUUCCUCCUUUUUUUCGCACUUUGCUGUGGAAAGGGUAUUUAAAAAUAAACUGUUGUCUUUUGUCUGCACUCUGACCAACAUGCAGACCGCUGAGCUCAGAAGCCACAGGAAGUGAUCUGCGCACUGAACAGCAAACACUCACCGACACAGAUGCCUCAGUUCAAAUAGAAUCUUUCUCUCUUUCUCUCUCUCUCUCUCUCUCUCUCUUUCUCCUCCCCGCCUCCCUCCCUCCCUCCCUCACAGACACACACAAACUCAGACCUACUCAUUCACACCAGAGACUAAGUUCACACACACAUACAUACAUAAUAAACAGACCGACGCUGACACACAGACACACACACACAAACGCGCCUGCACACAAACACACACACACGCACGCACACGCUCUGGCGUGUACACACACAAACGCACGUGCACACACACACACACACACACACUGUUGCAGCGAAAGGAAGCAGUUUGUCAGUGGGCGAUAAAGAAGCCCUGUGUCAUUUCUGUGGAGCUGGUUUUGCAUCAUGUCCUCUGCAGUGUUGACAGCUCUUCUGGUGCUGCAAGUGUCCAGUGUGCACGGGACUUCACUAGUGCUGAAUGGAGCAGUGGGGGAGUCCAUUGUGCUGCCCACCGAUGAGGAAGGACCAAUCAGAGGACCAGGCUACAUGGAGUGGAGAAAGAACAAUGUUAAUGUCAUCAGAUUAGUGCGCGAGCAGGACAGCUCACCUUUUGAAACCGAUAAGAUAAAUGCAGCUUUUGAAGGGAGGCUGAUUAUGAAUUAUGAAACCGGGGCCCUGAACAUUAGUUCUCUGAGAGAAGAGGAUUCUGGGGAAUAUGACUUUACUGGUAUAGUAUCCGGGUCCCUCAGGCCAAAAACGAUACAACUACACAUUUAUGAGAGGAUUGUUUCAGUGCAGGUAACCUCCCAGGUGAAUAACAGCACAGACGGCACCAGCUGUAACGUGACCCUGAGUUGCAGUGUGAUUGGUGGCAGCCAGGUGGUGCUGUCCUGGAGCAGAAAUGGAGAGAACAUUGCUGGAGCGGAGAACAGAGCUACGCUGAGUGUAUCCCCCACCCGUGCAGAAGAGAACUACACCUGUACAGCCAUUAACCCCAUCAGCUCACUAAACAACACAGUGACAGCCGGGCCCUGCCAAACAGUGCUGCAGGUGUCCAGUGUGCACGGGACUUCACUAGUGCUGAAUGGAGCCGUGGGGGAGUCCAUUGUGCUGCCCACGGAUGAGGAAGGACCAAUCAGAGGACCAGGCGUCAUGGAGUGGAGAAAGAACAAUGUUAAUGUCAUCAGAUUAGUGAGCAAGCAGGGCAGCUCAUCUUUUGAAACCGAUGGGACAAAUGCAGCUUUUAAAGGGAGGCUGAUUGUGAGUUAUGAAACCGGGGCCCUUAGCAUUAGUUCUCUGAGAAAAGAGGAUUCUGGGGAAUAUCUCUUUGAGGGUAUCGGAUCAUCCGCGUCCCUUGGGCCAAAAAAGAUACAACUACACAUUUAUGAGAGGAUUGUUUCAAUGCAGGUAACCUCCCAGGUGAAUAACAGCACAGAUGACAGCAGCUGUAACGUGACCCUGAGUUGCAGUGUGAUUGGAGGCAGCCAGGUGGUGCUGUCCUGGAGCAGAAAUGGAGAGAACAUUGCCAGAGCGGAGAACAGAACUACCCUGACUGUAUCCCCCACCCGUGCAGAAGAGUACUACACCUGUAUGGCCAUUAACCCCGUCAGCUCACUAAGCAACACAGUGACAGCCGGGCCCUGCCAAACAGGUACAGGUGAAGCACUGUUUACCGUAAACGGUAUCGUUAAUGGGUCUGUCACUUUGCCCUCCGGAUCUCCGUACAACAGUCCCUCUGAGGUCCAGUGGAGGAUUGACAAUAGUAUAAUCGUCUUUUAUUUGGAGCCGGACACUGUGACGACGGACGCUAAGAGAUUUGGGGACCGUUUACACCUGAACACGAAUGAUGGUUCUCUUCAAAUCAACCGGGCACAGAUGGCCGAUGCGGACACGUACACCGUGGAAGUCUCUCAAGGCAAAAGCAAACACAACGCUGUAGUCCAGCUGAUGAUCUAUGAAUGGGCAGAUAUGCCUAUACUGGAGGUUCUGACCAACAUGUCAGGGCCUCAGUUCUGCAAUGUGUCUGUGAGGUGCGCUACCAUCCACGGCCUCUGGGUGGCGUCGCUCUGUCAGCUUACACAGGGAAAACUUGUGUGCCGGGAGACAGCCAGGAAUGACUCCGCCCACUCAGCGCGGUUACUGAUCACGGCAACCAGAGAUGCCAUCAACUGUAGCAGCAGCAACCCUGCCAGCACAAGCUCCGCCCCCCUGCUUCCUGUUACACAGGUCUGCCCCACCACUGUGCCGGUUUCCAGAGCUGAGGAGUCUUUGUUUGUGCGUAAGGGAGGCUCUGUUCGUCUGGAUGUGCAGGGAUAUGAAAAACUGAAAUUUCGGACCAUUUCAUGGACUUUUAAUUCUGGAAGACUAGUGAAUUUCAUUCACAAGAUUAGAUAUCUGGCAACAUAUGUUAAUCAUACCAGGGUAGAAUUUGAUCAAAAGAACUUCUCUCUGCUGCUGACGAACGUGCAGGAAAGCGACAGUGGGAUCUACACAGCAAAGAUAAUUUAUAAACAAAAGACCAGCAGGGUUGCUACCUACAGGCUCACAGUUCAAGAGGCCCCGCCCACACCCCAGGUGGGAGUGGCUUUACUCUCCUCUGCUGGAGGGUUCUGUAACGUGUCAGUGAACUGCUCUGCUAAAGACACCUGGGCCAGCUACACCUGUGACCACGCCCACUGCACACAGGUAGCAAAUACAACCUCGCUGACAGGAGUCAACAUCAUCGUCACGGCAACCAACGGGACGAUCCACUGCAACAGCAGUAACCGGGUCGAAACAAAGACACGAUCAGAAUCCACAAAGACCAUCUGUACACCGAUCCCCGAGUCCAAUUCUCCUGUGGGAGUCAUUGUUGCUGUUGUCGCCAUUAUCAUCAUCAUCAUCAUCGUCACCGUCAUCGUCUUUGUCAUUUAUAACAGGAGGAGGAAAUCUGGAGAGUCCCAGAUACAGGAAAAGUGCAACACUGAAUAUGCUUCUGUUGAGGGCCCGGCUGUGGUGCUCAGUAAUACAAGCACGGAAGUAACCGUGUAUGAAACAGUCACCACUGCAAAGCCAGAGCACCACCCAAAAGUGAGCACAGUCUAUGACACGUUGGGACCAGCAGGAGAUCCUCCAACAAAACCUGAGUCCAUAUAUGCCACCGUGAAUAAGGGUGCACCUCAACCCUUAGAACAGUAGACUAUCUGGGCCGUCUGGGUAGUGUAGAGGUAUAAGCACUCUACCUCUGACUACUGCCGCAGAGACCCGGUGCUUCCGGCUUGGUCAGACGUUCCUACAAACACAAUUGGCAGUGUUCGCGGGUGGGAAGCCGGUGAGGGCAUGAGUCCUGAUCGUUGCAUUAGCUACUCCUACUGGUUAGUCGGGGCACCUGUUCAGCAGGGAGGGGAUCUGGGAGAGAUAGCGUGAACCUCUGCAUGCGUUACGCUCUCCCAGUGAAACUCCUUGCUGUCAGGUGAAAAGAAGCAGCUGGUAAAUGGAUGGUAAAUGGACUGCAUUUAUAUAGCGCUUUUAUCCAAAGCGCUUUACAAUUGAUGCCUCUCAUUCGCCAGAGUAGUUAGGGGUUAGGUGUCUUGCUCAAGGACACUUCGACACGCCCAGGGCGGGGUUUGAACCAGCAACCCUCCGACUGCCAGACAAUCGGUCUUAUCUCCUGAGCUAUGUCGCCCGGCUGGUGACUCCACAUGUAUCGGAGGCUGGCAUGUGGUAGUCUACACCCUGCCCAGACCAACAGAGGAUAGCGCAUCGACCAGGACUGUGAUACACAUGGGGAAUUGGUAUAACGACUAAAUUGGGGAGAAAAUGUCAAAAAAAGAAGAGUAGACUUUCUGGAAUGUUUUUUUUUUUUUAAUUCUAAAUUGGAGUUCUAGAACUUCAUUGCUUUCAAUUAAAGGCAGCUAUUGUUA